AAGGGGAGUCCACAGCCCUGACAUUGCGCGCGCGCAGUGCAAGGCGAGAUGCCAGGCAUCGACCGCGGGCUUUUGACCGACCGCGAUAUCUCGACGUCGCGACGCCCGUCGUGUUCCCGGUCCAAUGAGACUAGGAAGAGAUUUUUUAUUUAAUCGAAAAUUAGUGAUCAGAUACAAUUAAAUUAAUUAAAAUCUUCUGGUAUAUUCGGUAAUCAUUCCAGGCCCCGGAAUCAAAUUCUGGGGUUGCAAUUGCAACGAAUGUCAGUGACAGGUAGGAGAGUGAGAAAGCAUUAAUGAAAGGAUGAUGGGGUUGACCUGUUGGGAGAAAAUCGCCCUAGUUGUCAUAGCCGCAGUAGGAUUGCGGAUUGUGAUAAGAAUAAGUGUUGUGGCAUGGAAAAAAUUAAUUGCACCAGGUCUUGGAUUGGGAAUUGAUGUGGCUUCCCAAGGAAGAUGGGCUGUGGUAACUGGAGCAACUGAUGGGCUCGGAAAAGCUUAUGCAAAGGCUUUCGCUGAUAAGGGACUUGAUGUCGUACUUGUUUCAAGAUCAAUCGAAAGGUUAGAAGAAGCUGCUUCUGAAAUCAAACAAACUUACGGGGUUGAAACUCGAAUCAUCGAAGCUGACUUGACUGAAGGCCAGGCAGUUUAUAACAAAAUUGGAAAGGUCAUUGAGGAACUUGAGGUCGGAGUUUUAGUCAAUAAUGCUGGUAGAAGUUAUGAUCAUCCGGAACUAUUUACUCAUGUUCCGGAAGAGACCUUGGCGAAGAUUUUGCAACUAAAUGUCGCAGGAGUAACGGGAGUCGCGAGGGCCGUUCUUCCAGGAAUGAUGGAAAGAAGAAAAGGAAUUGUUAUCAAUAUUAGUUCAACUGCAGCUGCUAUUCCUAGUCCUUAUCUAGCUGUUUACGCAGCCAGCAAAGCUUAUGUUGACAAAUUAAGUGCUGAUCUUGCGGCUGAAGCUGCCCCCAGGGGAGUUACCGUUCAAUGUGUUCUACCUGGUCCAGUGGCUACUAAAAUGUCAAAAAUAAAGAGAGCUACGUGGAUGGCUCCAACACCAGAGAAAUUUGUUGAAGCGCAAUUAAAAACAAUUGGCAUCGAAUCUCGAACAACAGGAUACCCUCCACAUUCUCUUAUUGUAGGAUUUGUACAUGCAUUGCAAUGUAUUUGCGAAAAAGGAGCUAUAUGGUUAGUAGCAAGGACAAUGCUUAAUAUUCGGGGUAGAGCCCUCAGAAAAAAAAUGAAGGAUCAAGAAGAUAUAAAAGACGUUCCUGAAAGAGCAACGUCAUCCGCACGACUUUAAAACUCGCCAUAGUAAUUUUUGUUGAAUAUAUUUUGUUAGAAUGAUAAAAUAAUAUAUUACAUAAUCGUUUAAGACUGCGAUCAUUCUAUUUUUUCCACAAAUCGUUGUUUCUUACACUUUGCGACCUUACGAAUGAGAAUGACAAAUUCGAAAAAAGUUUGCUUGUAAAAAGCAUUAUGUUCUCUAGGAACAGUAAUUUUAUACAAAAUAAUGUACUUAUUUAUAUGAAAAAAGUCACUACCUCAUGAUGUUUUCGGCUCUAGAUGAUUGUUAUGCUCAGAUAAGUGCCUACUCAGGUUGCGCAGUGAAAAAGAAAAAACAUUAAUUUAAAACAGAGCAAAUCAUUCCUUUUCCAGCGAUUAAUAAAAUUUAUAAAAUUAAGUUUUUAUAGACAUUUUUCGAUCAUAUGCAAUUUUUAUUAAGUAGUCUUUGAAUUCUUUAGUCUAAAUUUUUUUGUUUAUAAAAAUGUGUAAAUGACGUUGUAUAUUUUAAUUAGAUUCCUAGACCAAUAGACUUUGUAACUUCGACACCUUUUCCUAUUUUUAAAUUUAUUUCUACGAUUUCCGUUUUCGAAAGGACAUUGUUCUUCUAAAUAGCUUUGGAAGAUUUACGCACGUACCUACUUGACCCGAGCAAAUGAAGAUAUGCAUUUAUUCAUUUUUCACAGCAUGCUUAAUUAAUGUGUCGCUUCAAAGUCAGGAUGUGAUUCAAUGCUUUUUCGUGUUAGCGAAAUCGAAGACCUGAAAAGUGAGACGUUUAAAAUUCCUGCACGAAAUCGUGAGAAACUUGUCACAUUGUCCCAUACAACCUAUAUUUAUUAAAAUGGCAUCAUUUUUUAUUGGUUCAAUGAAAAUUGAUCUUAAAUUACCGUAACGCUGUAUGGCAAUCUGUACAUAUUUAAAAAAUAAAUAAAAUAUAAAAUUUGUA